AUGGAUGAGGAGUUACAGAAACGAAACACAGAUUGCGUCUACUUCCUGGCCUCUCCUCUCACCUGCAAGAAGGGGAUGGAAUGCGAGUAUCGGCACAGUGAGAUGGCCAGGCUGAACCCAAGGGAUUGCUGGUACUGGAUGUCUGGGAGCUGUCUAAAUCCAACCUGUGCUUUUCGGCACCCU